CAGCGUGCGCUUGCCAGCCAGAUGCGCCUCGCAUCUGGCCGCCCGCUUGGCCGUUCAGCAUCUGGCAGCAAGCUCAGGGAGCCUUACCAGACGGGAGCCUCUCGGAGCCCGCACAGCGAGCGGGGCGGCGCCAUCGCAGCCGGCGGACGUGGGAGGACGCCGCCAAGAGUGGCGAGACGCCCAUGGCAGCAGAGGUCAACCGAGCGAAGAAGUACUGUCAGGUCAUCCGCGCCCUGGUCCACACCCAGGUCCAGAAGGUGAAGAUCGGCGCGAAGAAGGCGGUCAUCAAGGAGAUUCAGAUCAAUGGCGGCACUUCCGAGGCGAAGGUCGAUUACGUUAUGGGUCUGUUCGAGCAGGAGGUGAAGGUCGACAGUGUCUUCAAGUCGAGCGAGAUGGUCGACGCCAUCGGCGUCUCUGCUGGUCGCGGCUUCAACGGCGUCGUCACGCGCUGGGGCGUCACAAGGCUUGCCCGCAAGUCGCAUCGUGGCCUGCGCAAGGUGGCGUGCAUCGGGACGUGGCAUCCUGCGCGUGUUCAGUUCCAGGUGCCCCGCUCUGGUCAGAAGGGCUACGGCCACCGCACCGAGAUCAACAAGAAGAUCUACCGCAUCGGCAAGAGUGUCAAGGAGGAUCCCAACAGCGCAACGACCGAGAACGACCUUACAGAGAAGGGCAUCACCCCGCUGGGCGGCUUCUCCCACUACGGCGAGGUGAACGAGGAUUGGGUCAUGGUGAAGGGUGGCGUGGUGGGCACCCGCAAGCGCGUCAUCACCCUGCGGAAGUCGCUACUGCCGCAGGUGAAGAGGAAGGCUCUCGAGGAAAUCGCACUGAAGUUCAUCGACACUUCGUCCAAGAUGGGUCAUGGCAGGUUCCAGACGGCUGAGGAGAAGGCGGACCAAUGCUUUCUUGUGUAGCUUCCAAUGUCAGCGCUUUACGGCAGUUGAGUUGUUGAAGAGUGAGUCGCGCUCUCUCGCAUGCCUGAGUAUCUACCCCAGGGGGGGCACCUGGCAGCAGCAGUUUUACGCAGUAUGCGCCUGGCGUCGGGGUCCAUUUCGCUCCAGACCGAGACCUGUGCUUCGGAGGCAGGUUCUCGUCGUCGCCGUCCUCCUCCUCCUCCUCCUCCUCCUCCUUCCCGAUCGUUCUGGACGCGCGUGCGAGCUGGAGAGAAGCGUGGCGCCCUUG